AUGACAAUCAUACCCGGGACGCCUCUAGAUCGUAAAUGGGAUAUGCUAGAUGAAGGGGCUAAAGAGUCGAUAUGUCUUCAACUCUGGGUUCUGAUAUCGAAAAUCCGAACCAUUUCUCGUCCAGAAGGACCUUACCAGUGCGCUGCAGAUGGCUCUCCAUCCCAGGAUCCAAUGCUAGUGGAUUUACAAGAGCCUGCUCGGCCGCUUCUAAGUGACUCUGCAUUACGCUCACGAAUCUACGAGCGAUGUAUCCACUUCGGGGGAACUCUCUACAAGGAUCAACUGCUGAACAUUCUGCCACGGUUGGAGGACUCGGUAUUCACGCAUGGGGAUAUUGCGCCGCGCAAUGUGAUGGUGGACGAACAGAGUAACGUUACCGGCAUUCCUGACUGGGAAACAGCGGGGUGGUAUCCAGACUACUGA